AUGGACGCUUUCGACGCGGCCCAAAGUCCCGCCCCCAUCCUCCUCCUCCGGCUCCUCUGUCCUGCUGAGAUCGCAGACCGCGUCCGCUCCAAGUCGAGCACAAUCAGCCAGUACCUCCUCCUCGCCCUCCAUCUCGUCCUCUACGCAGCCCUCGCCCUCCUGCUCUCGGUCCACGCGCUUCUCGAAGACGCUACAACCCCACUACACGACGGGCUCUGCCGCCUGCUCGCCCUCCCGCCGUGCACCGUGCACCCGCCACGCGAGAGCGCCGUGGUCAUCAUCGGCGCCGACGACGGUCAGUCCCCUCGAGUCUCUCAUACCCUCGCCGAGCUGCUGGAUCGCCCACGCGUGCUCGCCCUCGCCCUCGGCAGGCACAUCGCCCUCAGCUUCUCGCAGCGCGGCUUCACCGUCUUCGCACUCUGCGCGGACAAGCCCGCGGCGCCGCCCGCACCCGCGGACGCCUCCUCGAACGUGUCCUCAUCUUCUGAAUGGCACCAGAGGAUCAAGAAGGCCUCUGGCGCCCCGGGUGCGCCCUGGGGGCUCGUCGCGCCGAUCGUGCUCGACAUGGGUUCGCGCACGCAGCGCGCGCGCGCAUGCGAGACCGUCGACGCCUACUGCUCUACCCACCGUCUCACCCUCGCCGCGGUCGUCGUGCUCCCCCUCCCUUUCCCACACGCUCCCCCGUUCGGCCCAGACGGGCUCGCGGCCGGCCCUGAUAGCGCACGGCCGAUGACGCUCGGCGACGCCGUACGCGCGGGCGUCGAGCUGCCCGCCGCGCUCGUGGACGACUACGCCGGCCUGCUCGCCGGCUCUUCCGGACGCGUGGUCGUCCCGCUGACAUCGAGCUGGCCGGAGCAUGAGCAACAGCAACCGCGCGCGUCGACGUCCGUCGCGCUCCACGCAAGCACCCUGCGCGCGACUGCGCGGCUGCUCGGCGAGGCUCUCGCGCCACGAGGCGUGCACGUCGUCACUGUCGACGUCGCGCGCGGACCCUCGACCCCGAGGUCGGCAUUCAAACCGGAGUCCAGUGACCCGGCGUCCGCACUAGAUUCCCUGCCCGCGGCGGCCAGCGCCGCUGCGGUAGAAGAGGAAGCAACGACCUCGGGCGCAGGGCGUGAGCCCAUCGACUCGCCCACUCAACGUUUCGGCGCCCGUACCGACGCCGUUGGACGUGCAGGGUUCACAUCGGCCAUACGAGGCACCAUCGAGGACGUUCUGAGCCGCUUCGCGCCUCGCAAGGAAGACGUGUUCCAAGCGGUGCACACCAUCGUCCGAUCCAGGUACCCGCGCGAGCGAUACGCGGUGGGCGCGCGUGCAGUCCUGCAACAUGCGUGCGCGGCGCUCCCGCUCCCGCUGCGCCUGUGUGCGCGCGCGGCCGCGCUGCACGCCUUCUGGUGA